UUCACAAGCAAAUCAAUGAAAGUAAUAACGGUAGUAGCAGUAAUGAUGGAAUAUAUAAUGAAUCAGAUGCUUCUUUGAAUGCUUCAUCUAAUUGUACCUUUGAAAAAGGAUACAGGAUGGUUCAUUUGCCAAGAUCAAAUGUCCCUAUUUGUGAGAAACUGCCCUUUCACUGUCAACAAGAUUCACUGAGAGAAAAUGUCAAUUUAACUGUGUGUGAAAACGAAAGAAAACCAGAAAACAGUGUACACUGUUCGAUGAUGGGGUCUGCCCUGAAACUCUUGACAUCUCUCUGUGCGAGUGACACACCUACUGAAACCUUCCUGAACGACUCAGUGGAUUUGUUUGAAAAGCUUUUUGACAACCAUUCUCUUGGGGAUAUCAACAUAAAGAAGAAUUUUGUCACAAUUUUGCCCUUGGUUAUGGAGGAAGUAAGCUCAGUUGCAUUAUUAACAGCUCUUGCAUCUCCAGAAAGGCAACCCCACACUGUAGUUCGAAACUCUACAGUGAUCCAAACUAAUCUCAUCAGUCCAGAAUCCUUUGCAAAGAAUGAAACGCUCAAGUUAGAAGCUCAAGGAGACCAAAUGGCCAUCCACCCCAGAGCAGUGGCUGCCACGACCACAGAUCCGGUUGCUGUGGCUUUUAUAUCGUACAGUGGGCUGGAAUCACUCCUAGAAGAGGCUUUACUGCAGAAUGAAACUUUACUGGACAACGAAAUGCUGAUGAAUGUUCAUGUGAACUCUAGGCUGGUAAGCGCUUCCACCAGCAGCAGCAUAAGGAACAUCUCUAUCCCGGUCAACCUCACUUUUCAGCACCUCAAGAUCAGAGUUGCCCACCAGAGGGGAAUCUGUGUCCACUGGAACUCUGGUGCCUUGUCCCGUCGUGGUUGCCAAGAGCUCUUUUCUAACAUCACUCAUUCGGGAUGCAGCUGUCGGUAUCUGUCCAACUUUGCUCUGCUGAUGGCCACAACUCAUAAACAAGGAGAUCCAAUCCUCUCCAUCAUUAGCUACCUCGGAUUGUCCAUCUCAGUCAUCUGUCUCUUCCUGUGUAUUGUCACAUUUCUCUUCUGCCGCUCCAGCCACAACAGCAGCACCUUCAUCCACCUACAACUGAGCCUCUGCCUGUUUUUCGCUGACCUCCUCUUCAUAACUGGAAUAGAUCAAACAAACAACAAGAUCCUGUGUUCGGUCAUAGCUGGCAUGCUGAAGUAUCUCUUCUUGGCCUGCUUUGUCUGGAUGUUCUUGGAAGGGAUCAAUCUCUACCUCAUUGUCAGAAACCUGAAAGUUGCAAAUUACAGUGGGGCCAGCAAGUAUAUGAAGAUAUCUAUGUUCCUUGUUGGUUAUGGGUUUCCUGCCCUGAUUGUCGCCAUUUCUGCAGCAAUUAAUCCUGGAGCCUUUGGGACACAUUAUCACUGCUGGCUUAACCCAGAUUUUAUCUGGAGCUUUAUGGGACCCGUCUGUGCGAUAAUUGUGGUCAACCUAGUGUUUUUCUGUCUUAUUCUGAAGAAUUUGCAUAAAAAAUUGGCAUCUCUCAAUUCAGAGAUAUCUACAGUCAAAAAUACCAGGUCACUGAUAUUCAAGGCCAUAGCCCAUGUGUUCAUCCUGGGUGUGACUUGGUGUUUUGGCCUCUUUCAACAUGGCCUUUUGCAGGAUGUUAUGGCAUACCUGUUCACUAUCACCAACAGUGUGCAAGGAAUCUUCAUCUUUCUGGUGCACUGCUUACUCAACCAAAAGGUGAGAGAAACUUACUGGCUCUGGAUUUGUUGCAUCAAAGACAUCAAACCUCCUGUUUCUGAGAUAACUAUGACCUCUGUUCCCAUCAGCAAUCCUUCGGUAAAUAUACCAAGUGCUAAUGCAGUGGAUAACCAGAAGAUGGGAUGGGGAGAAGAACCAUAGCACACUGACUCUCCUUUGGACUCUUUGGUCCGCGUGAAUGAAACUGAAGAAUAUUGGAAUAUAUUUAGCCAUGUU